CGCCCACGUAGAGUUGAUCGCGGCGCGCGGGCUGACUGGCGAAACUCCUUGAUCAGCUGUUCUCCUGGCUGUGUGGCGUCCAGAAGAACGGAGUUUGAAGCGCACGCGGGUUGCAGCACAGAAAUCGGCCCAAGGACCCAUGGCCCCCGCCACGAUCCUCUACUUCCUCCUCACCGUCCUGACCCGGCUGCUGCAACUGUCAGAGCCUCUCCCGGCGGCCGGUGCCGGCACUCACUGUCUUGUCCAUGAAUUCAUCAUCAAUCCUAAGCCCCUGCCUGGACAGCAACAGUGCAAAGUCCAAAGUCAGCUGGAUCAGAGGAUCUUUCUUUCCUAUGACUGUGUUGGUGCCAUGGCCAUAUCACCGGAUGUCCAUGCAGGGAAGCUGAAUAGCACCAAGUCCUGGAAUGACCUGUUUAAAACACUGCAGGAUUUGAUCACAGAGAUUAAAAAGCUGUGGUGGGACAUUAAACCAGAGGAAUGUGCAUCCACAGUGGCCAGGAUGACCUGUUGUCAGAAAGCUGAUGGAAACAUCCUCGGAUUCUGGGAAUUUGGAUGCAAUGGAAAAUUUUUUCUCCGUUUUCACUCAAACAAUAAAACAUGGGAAGACCUCCUUUCUGGAUUCAGCUCCAUGAAGGAGAAGUUGAAGAAUGUGGAGCUGAGUGAGUUGUUAUACAGGACAUCACUGGUCGACUGUGGAAGUUGGUUAAAGGAAUUCCUGGAGCAUUCAGAGGAAAAUCUUGAGACCACAGCACCACCCACCACCCUGGCUGCAACUCUACCCACUUCAAAGGCCACCAGGCUGAGCCACAGGGCCCUGCUGCUGAUCCUACCCUGCUCAUUGAUUCUUUUGAAUGUUGUCUGAUUGUAUAAAGAAUUAAAUUAUUUUAGUCUGUCUUUCAACAUUAUCUUCUGACAAUUAAAUAAUGAGAUUCAUUUUGAAACAAACACCUUAAUUAGUCUGCAAUUUUGUUUUAUGCUUGAUGUGGUGCAUAAUUUUAUGUGUCUCCCUGAAUGCCUGAUAAGUGACAAAACAUCAUUUCUAAUGUGUUUGGAAGAGAGUUCCUGGAAGACACUCUCAUUCAAAUGACCAGACUGAAAGACUGACUACCCCAGCACAGCAAGAGACCACAGUGCCUUCCUGGGAAGCAGCACAAGCUGCAGCUGUGCCAAGGGGAGACUAAGUCAGUGUCUCCAGUGAGCAUGCUGAGAACCAAAAGUCUGCUGUACACCACCCACACCCUGCUGGCAAGUGGAUAGUUUUGAGGACAGCGUGAGUUGAUAGCAACAAAGGUACAUAAAGCAACUAAAUGCUUGUACUGCUGAUUAGGUUGAUUAUGCUGACCUGGGGCCAGAGGUCUGAGCAUCUCUUGGAAGGAUGAUAUUAUGCAAUAUAGCAAAUGUGGGGAAUCUACUUUCUUGGCUUUGAAGGCCAGUAGUGUUUUCACUCUUUUGCUUCGUUCUGAUUAAUUGUUUUGCUUUAGUCAAUAUUCUGCUUUGAUUGAUUUCAUUGUGUUCUUUUUAUGGUUUGGUUUUAAUAUACCUGACUGAAUGGACAACUAUUGUGAAGUUAACAAGAUUUUCUAUGGGAGCUGUUCUUGCUAACCUGGUAUCCUGCUCUGAAGUUUUGUACUAAUUUGUACUAAUUUCACUGUAUUGUUUGAUUGGUUUUGUUCUCUCUUGUUUUGUUAUAAUUAACAACCUUCAAAAUAAGAUGUAAAAAAAAAAAAAAGAAAGAAAGAAGCUGGGGACAAAAUCCACCUUUCAAAGAUGCAUCCCCAAUCAUUCACUUCCUCCAGCUAGGCUCCACCUCUCUCCCCAUCAUAGGUACAUUUCACACAUCUUGCCAGCUUGCACUCUGGCAGGAAUAUUUUCCCCAAGAUCUGAGGAUGGAACAUCUCCAUGGCAAAGAACGCUGGGCUCAGCAUCACUUCAGAAAAAAAUCUGGAAAAAUAAAAUGCACUUAAGCUCUUUGCAUUAUAGUAGCAUAUUUGUAAUCAGUGGUAGGAAUACUUCCCUGUGAGAAUAAACUAUCAGGACACUCACCUGGAAAAGUGGGCCCAUGCUUCUCUUUUAUAAUGUUGGUAAAGUUAGGAGGCCAAUAUAAAGAGGUAUGUGGGAUGGAACCAGUCAUGAAAUCCUAGCUGGAGAUGACACCUGCAUAAUAUUUGACUAAUCUGAGUGCGUUCCCAGGUUUUAUGGGUGUAAAGCACUGAGGACUUGAGACACCUACUGUACAUGCUCCUUGCAUGUUCAGCAUCAUAAUCAUCAGUCCGUCCUCAUGAAACACUCAGUAACUCUCCUAAAUGAAGGAAAACACUUGAAAGGGGAGGGAAAUAAAAGAGCCUUGCCAUCCUCACAGAGAUCUCCUUACCAUGUACCAGUGUGCCACUUUCAGCUCCAGAUCUGCGCUUCCCUGGCCCUAUCAAUGAGGCUGGGUCUUUCGGUGAACACUGUUACUCCUGACCAGUGCUUUGUCAGCAGAGAAGACCAGCAGCCAGCCAUGGGGGAAUGUGGGAAUAUGCUCCCCAAGUCUUGCCUCACAAACACAUUACCUCCUGCACGUUACUUCCCUGGAAGGGAUUUUAUUCCUGACACCUCACCACACAGAAUUUCCUAGAUUCUACAAAGAGCUACUGACCUGUCAGCUGCAGCUGAGGGCAUUUCUUCAGAUGUGGGGUCCUGACAAAUGCUGAUGCUCUCCUAUUUCUAUUCCAGUACAACCCAUCACCUCAGCAGGAUCUGAAUCCACUUUAAUGGCCACCCUGCUGAGCUGCUGGGUCCUGGUGCUGAUCAUCUCAUGUGUGAUUUUUCUGUUUUUAAAAAAAUUAAAUUAUGUUAUAUUAAAAAUUUUGAAAGCUGGGGUUUAGCUCAGCACCAUAAGUAUUUGUCUGGCAAGUACGAGGUCCUGAUCUUCAUCUACCAUAAAAAGAAAAAAGAAAACAUGUUCACAAUCAUUGGUCAUUGGAGAAAUUCAAGUUAAAACAACAUUGAGUUUCCAUCUCAACCCAGAAAGAAGCCCAGGAUUAAGAAACAACUAAUAACAAAUGCUAGAGAGGCUGUGAGGAAAAAGAAUUCUUCUGCCCUGUUGGUGACAGUGUGGACUGGUACUGCCACUGUGGAAAUCAAUGUGGAAAUUUCUCAAGAAACUGGGAUUGGAAGCCCAUUUGUUCCAGCUAUCCCACUUCUGGGCAUAUUCCCAGAAGAACUGAAAACAUCAUACCACCGUGAUAUAUGCACACCCAUGUUCAUAGCAGCACAAUUUGUAAUAGCCAAAUCUUGGAAACAACCCAAAUGCUCAUCAACAAAGGAAUGGAUAAAAAGGAUGUGGUAUUUUUAUGUUAUAGAGUACUACUAAGCUAUAAAGAAGGAUCACAUUGAGGCUUUUAUAGGGAAAUGGAUGGGACUUCAGAUUAUACUUAUUAGUAAAAUAAAUCAACUCAUAUAUGUAAAUACCAUGCUGUCUCCAUGAUGUAAGAAACUGAAAGAAUGAAUAAGAUCCAAAAUCUUCACUAAAUAUUGUGAAAAGAAACUGCUCAAAGGGGAAAAACAACUGGGACAGAGAAAAGGAGGAAAGAAGGAAGGGAAAAGAAAAAUGAUGUCAAUUUGUGUAUAAACCCUUAACUAAGAUGAUUGUAUUAUUCUAUUAGUUCUAGGAACAAAACAGUUAACAUUCAUAGCAUUAGAUCAAUUUUGCAUGUCUAUAUCUGGGAAUCUGAGUAACCGUUUUGAAGACAACUGUGCAACAAUCUUUGUUAAGUUCCUACCACCUCAUUUUGAAAGCCUAUAUUGUUAGUGUUGGGUUUUUUUUUAUCAUUGUUUGAGUCUUUGGCUUCUUGUUUUUUAUGUAUUUUAUUUUAUUUUGUUUUGGUUUUCCCCUUUAAAAUAAAAAAAGAAAUGUUUAUUGUCUUUCCCAACAAUUUAUUCUCUCCCGACAUUUAAAUAAAGUUAUUUAUUUUGAAACAAAUAUCUCAAUUAGUCUGGACUUGUAUUUUAUGAUCU